AUGCUAACUACUGAUCUACAGAAGCAUCGCCAAAACUACCAGGACAAGCUUCACACCGAACUAGAACGAGAGAGGGAAGCCCGCGCAAAGUUCGAGCGCAUCUCCAAGGACAAGGCCCAGCCACUGAGGGCACAGCGCCAAAAUAUGUACCAGAACUAUGAGAAUGACGUAGACUACAACGGUGGAGAGAUGGAAGUGGAGCUACAUCGCAAGGUUGCUAAGGCUAGUCACCAUUUUGCCCACAUCUACAUGUCCGGUGUCGACUUCUAUUCGUCAGACAUUGUCGCUACAAUGAUCCGCGCAUGCGACAUGCACCUCGACUCACCGGCUACCAUGACGAUGAGAAAGAAGUACGUACUUGGCGACUUCACCAAGUAUGGCACGGGAAAGCUUGCAACGAAGUUCGCCACAAUCUCCAAUAUGGCACUCUAUGAAUUCUCCGAAAAACUACAUUUGGACGAGAAGAACCGCGCACAUCAAUGUCAUAUGCUUCUCGUCGGCCACUAUUCGCGGAAGUCUGGCGGCCCACCAGUAUGGGCGUACGCUACAGGCGAAAAUAUAUGCUACUAUUCUGGAGUGGGAACCCAGGUGACUCUAUUGGUCCAGGAUAUACACUCGUCGAAAGUUUACUACGAUCCUCCGUUUAGCUACAUUAGUGGCUCGCUAGACUACAAUAGUCUGAAGCCUGGGAUGAACCCGGAACGCAAGCUUGAGCGUACGAUAGUUGAUUCCGCAAUCAAAUUCAUCUUCUUGAUGAGUGGCCGGCUGGAACAGGUAUUAGACCUAGUAAACCCGGACAUACUUGGCAACUUCAGACAGGCUUGCGCAAAUUUGGUCCGAUACCAGAAACCUCUCCAUGUUACCGGCCAUGCUCUAAAUGAUCAGUAUUCAGAGGGUGAAGCCUCUGUUUCAGGGGCGAAUGGACAUCUUCAUCCUAACGAUUGCAUUGCAGCUAUCGAGCCAAGCGCCCGGCUUGCACACUACAACAAGAACCCGGCCUCGGCCAAUCUGCGUAAACGCCAGAUUGUAGAUAUCAGUGACGAUCCGACCAGUGAUCACUCAAGGCCCUUGGAUAAACGUGCGCGUCUACUCGAACACAUUAGCAACUAUGAAACCGAGGUUCACGCCAACCUGGAACGUGAAGUGCGAGAUCUCAGAGCCCAGCUUGAACACCAAGAAGCAAGAAGGAGUGCUACGAAGGCGAAGUUGGUUCAAGAGAAGUCUAGACGGGGACCGGCUGAAGGACAGCGUGAUAAAUACUGGAAGAGAUGCACGCAACAACAAGAAACUUCCCAGACGAACGCUAUCCAGACGGUAGCGGUCAAAGAAGAGGGGAGCCCCAACUGGAAGGCCAUGCUUUUUGAGCAGGAAAGGCAGACGGAGCACUACAAACUCAAGUACAUCGCCGCCAAAGAAGAGAAGGCGACGAUCGAGGCGAAGUCAACGGAGCAAGAAAGAAAGAAGGAGCACUACAAACUCAAGUACAUCACGGUUGAAGAGGAGAAAAGAACAUUGGAGGCAAGUUCAGUGAAGCAGGACAUCAUAAUCACAGAGUGCAAACGCAAACUGCUUAAUCGAGAAGAGAAGGCCGCCGAGUCGAAAGCACAGUUGGUAGAGAGCGAAAAGGCCUCCAAGGACGUCAAGAUCGAAUACCACGAACUAGCGAAAUGUUUGGAUAUCAAAACUGACGUUGUAAGCUUAACGCAACAGCUGAAGGCUUCACAGUCUGUUCAGAGAGCCACAAUCCAGGAGCUUCGUGAUACACAAUGGCGACGGUCACCUCUAGAGCUACAGAUACGUGAAUGGGAGGAAAGGGAGCGCACAAGAGGAGACCCGGCCGCUAAUAUCUUGGUGGAGACGCUGGAACAGCGAGUUCAAUAUCUGGAAGGGAGCGUCAACACGUUGAGAGCCGCGCCUUCAGAACCCAAGUUGCUCGCUCAAAGGAAUGAGAUUCAAAGAAUGGAAACGUCAGUAAACAUGACCAAAGCUGAGCUGGAUUGCACCAGAACCAAGUUGGAUGCCAUAAAGAACUUGAAGGUCAAGGAGGUGGUGGAUCAGAUCAAUAUGUCUCUGGGCAAGGUUCGAGUUGUUGGCGAUGCUAUGCCAGCAGACGUUGUCUCUACAAAUCGCGUGCGAUUGAGCAUUGCUUCUGAACCGACCACAUAUCUCGAUAAUUUCGAGAUCAAUCAAGCAUCGUACGUCAAACAAGGGGCCCCCCCACGUCAUGGCCAGCAGUACAGUACCGAACACUGUUCACCGUUUCACCCACCCCUAACGUGGGGAGAAAGAGCGCAAAGGCGGCCGUUUGUUAGUCGUACAUCUUAG